AACAAAAAAAGGGAAAAACCCAGAGAUUUGUAUAAAACCCAGAGCCGAAGACCCCUCCUCUCCCUCUCCCCCUCGCCGGUUCCUUCCUUCCAGAUCCGAAACUCCAAAGCCCUAGCAGAGCUCGAAGGAGGACCAGAAGGAAAAAGAAGAGCAGGUAUCCAUCUUCGAUCGAGCUUCGGAGGGUAGCCUCGAUCGAUUCAUCGCCUUCUCGUUUGAUCUGCCCAUCUGUGGACUGUGAUCCGCGUCGAUCGCAGUGAGCCGACUCGAUUGACUCGCGUUCUGAGGUGUUUUUUAAUCGCGGUUGAGAGCUUUGUUCUCCAAGAUGGCUGCCCCACAGACUAGCGCCGCCACCGCCGCUGGAUCUCCCCCCUCUGCUCAAGUGGUCGGGAACGCUUUUGUUCAGCAGUACUACCAUAUCCUUCACCAGUCGCCGGAGCUGGUGUACCGGUUUUACCAGGAGAGCAGCAAGCUCGGACGGCCCGAGGCUCAUGGCGCCAUGAUCUCCGUCACCUCCAUGACGGCGAUCAACGAGAAGAUACUGUCUAUGGACUUCCACAGAGCGGAGAUCAAGACAGUGGAUUCCCAAGAUUCGCUCGACGGUGGGGUGCUCGUCCUCGUGACGGGAUACCUCACUGGGAAGGACAAUGUUAAGAGGGAUUUCACCCAGUCUUUCUUCCUGGCUCCCCAGGACAAAGGCUUCUUCGUUCUGAAUGAUAUAUUCAGGUAUGUUGGAGAGGCCGAGCACCAACAUGGAAGCCAGGAUUUGGAGAACGGCGCCGGUGCCCCUCUUUCGCUGGAUCAGGAUUCCCCUCCACAACAGGAGCAACAUGUUUCAGAGCCAAACUCAUCUCUGCCGGAAGAAGAAGAGGAAGCCAGUGUGGAGGAAGUGUCCAACCCUUCGGACAAUGGGGAGGGUUCAGUCGUGGAGGAGGAGGAACCUGUUGGUGAGGUGAUUGAUGAAGCACCAAACAGUUUGCAGGCAGUGAUCUCUGAUGCAGCUGCUGCUACUGUUCAAGAAGAGGCACCGAAAAAAUCAUAUGCUUCAAUUGUGAAAGUCAUGAAAGAAAAUGCUGCUCCAUUAUCAGUUCCAACAUCUGCUUCUGCUAGGCCGCCGCCUGCUAAACCAGAACGUCAGGCAGCCCCUGCUCCUACGGCAACAAUAGCACCUGAUACUCCUGCUGCUAGUUCUAGUGCGGUUGAAAGCAGCAAUGCACAAGAGGCAGAAGCUGAUGGCCAUUCAAUAUACAUAAAAAGUUUGCCGUUGAAUGCUACACCCGAUCAGCUUGAAGAGGAGUUCAAGAGGUUUGGUCGUAUUAAACCUGGUGGCAUACAAGUUAGAAGCCAUAAGCUUCAAGGGUUUUGUUUUGGUUUCGUGGAGUUUGAGGAGGCUAGUGCGGUCCAAAGCGCAAUAGAGGCUUCCCCUGUAACGAUAGGUGGUCGCCAAGCUUACGUUGAGGAAAAGCGGACCACUGGUUCACGAGUUGGUAACAGAGGAAGGUUUGCACCUGGCAGAGGGGGUGGAUUCCGGAACGAUGGAAUAAGGGGGCGUGGAAUUUAUGUCGGUGGGAGGGGUUAUGCUAGGGGGGAUUUCAAUAACAGACCCGAUUUUGGAGGCAGAGGUGGUGGUAGAGGCCGUGGAGGUGAUGUUGGAUAUCAGAGGGUUGAUCAUAUGGGAUCAGAUGGUGGCCGUGGAAGUCGUCCUGGAUCAUCAUCCAUCAGUGCAACCAAACAUUGAAUAAAGGAGCUGCUCGCCUUUGGUUUGAAUACAUCAAGCACCUUUUUUUCUAUUGUUUCCACAUGAGGAUACCAGAAGCUUUCCUAAAGAUUGUACGGUUUCCCUGGUUCUUUUUUCCACUAUUUUUGGCAGCGGCGAGAAAACUUUUGUAGAAUAUGGAUGUUAUUCCAACAUAAGCUUCACUGCAUUAAGUAGCUGACUUUUUCUGUUUCAGUUUAGGACCUUAAUAUUUGACUCUUCUGACCAUCGUUUGAGCGUUAUGGUACCAUUUUGCCUUUCCACUUUGUGUUCAUUAACAGCUGGUUGAUUUGUAUUGGGAUUUUGAUAGAAUGGAUAAGCUGGUAGAAAACGAUGAUAUG